UCUCACUUACACAACACUUUUGGUCGUGGACAACUGACUGUAACUAACUACAGGUUUUCUAUCUAAUAUUUCAAUUGUUUCUACUUACGAAGUUGUGAACAGUUGUGAUACAAAGUAGUAGUAUUGCUCCUUUCUUCUCACACAUACGAGAUUGGCAUCAUCAUCAUCAAUUUAGUUAAAGCUUGGGCUGAUAAUAUUCACCAUAGAAAAAUGUGCAUCUUCCUUUUCAAUGUUAGCAUCAAAGUACCAUUAUGUAUUUUCCUUUCAGGGUGUGUUUAAAAAUGACUUGCUUUGAAAAUUGAACACGUUAGUGGUAUAUUCAAUUUGAAUAACUUUAACUACACAAUUAUUUGUGAAAGUCUAAUAUUUAGUAUGAACAAUCAAACAAAAUAUCACUAAUAAAAAAAAGUUGAUUUGCGAUGGAUAAAAUCCGUCGCAAACUAUCAAAUUCCCUCGCAAAUGAUUGCAUUUCGUCGCAAAUUUUAUUUGCGAUGGAAUUUGUGAUGGAAUUCCGUCGCAAAUCAGCUUUUUUAAUAGUGUAAGGGGCCGCCAAAUUAAGAUUAUUCUAAUAGCCAUAAGCUUAGCUCAUACUUGAAAAUCUUGAACACUAAAUCAUAUAUAACUUGUUCCUGUACCAGAAUUCUUGAACAUUGGAACAAGAGUACUAGUUGCAGCUUACAAAUCUAGCUAUGGCUCGUGAGAACCUAGUGGUGCUUAAUGCCCUUGAUGCAGCCAAAACACAAAUGUACCACUUCACUGCCAUCGUCAUAGCUGGUAUGGGAUUCUUCACGGAUGCGUAUGAUCUUUUCAGCAUACCAAAUGUUACAAAGUUGCUUGGGAGAAUAUACUACACAGUUGAAGGUGCACCAAAGCCAGGGACACUGCCUCCAAAUGUGUCUGCUGCAGUGAAUGGUGUUGCACUUUGUGGCACUUUAGCAGGCCAACUUUUUUUUGGUUGGCUUGGAGAUAAACUUGGUAGGAAAAAGGUUUAUGGCAUAACACUUGCCCUUAUGGUUGGGUCCUCUCUUGCAUCUGGCCUUUCUUUUGGACAUACUGCAAAGGGUGUCAUAUCCACACUAUGUUUCUUCAGGUUCUGGCUUGGAUUUGGCAUUGGUGGUGAUUACCCUCUCUCUGCCACCAUCAUGUCUGAAUAUGCAAACAAAAAGACUCGUGGGGCAUUCAUAGCUUCAGUUUUUGCUAUGCAAGGCUUUGGAAUUUUGGCUGGUGCUGUUGUUUCCCUCAUAGUUUCAAGUGCAUUUAAUCAUGCAUACAAUGCUCCAUCAUAUGCAGUUAACGCUGCAGCAUCACUUGUGCCUCAAGCUGAUUAUGUUUGGCGUAUAAUUUUGAUGUUCGGUGCUAUACCUGCUGCUCUUACUUACUACUGGCGCAUGCAAAUGCCUGAGACAGCAAGGUACACAGCACUUGUUGCCAAGAAUACAAAACAAGCAGCACAAGACAUGUCAAAGGUUUUGCAAGUUGAAAUUGAAGCUAAGGAAGAAAAGGUAGAUGAGAUAACCAUGAGAGAUGACAACAAUUUUGGUUUGUUUAGCAAGCAAUUUGCACGCAUACAUGGUCUUCACUUACUUGGAACCACCACAUGUUGGUUCCUUCUAGAUAUUGCAUAUUACAGUUCAAACCUUUUCCAAAAUAACAUUUACUCUAACAUUGGGUGGCUCCCUCCUGCACAAGAAAUGAAUGCAAUUCAUGAAGUUUAUAAGGUAGCAAGAGCAACAGCACUUAUAGCACUUUGUGGUACUAUUCCAGUUUUCAUGUUUGCACUUGCUAUUCCAUAUCAUCACUGGAUACAAAAAAGUCAUAGAAUUGGGUUUCUUGUUAUGUAUGCAUUCACCUUCUUCUUCGCAAAUUUUGGUCCAAACUCAACCACUUUUGUUGUGCCUGCUGAAAUUUUCCCUGCAAGGUUGAGGUCAACAUGUCAUGGUAUAUCAUCAGCUGCAGGGAAAGCUGGAGGGAUUGUGGGAGCAUUUGGAUUCUUGUAUGCUUCACAAGACAAGGAUCCAGCAAAGAGAGAUGCAGGUUACCCUGCUGGUAUUGGGAUGAAGAACACUCUUAUUGUGCUUGCUGUGGUUAAUUGUCUUGGCAUAUUUUUCACUUUGUUGGUGCCAGAAUCAAAAGGAAAAUCAUUGGAGGAGUUGAGUGGAGAGAAUGAAGAUGAAGGUGGUGAUGAGAUUACUGAGCAACAAUCUACUACGAGCAGAACUGUUCCAGCUUAAUGUUAUAAAUGGUGAAAUCAAUCACAAUUAUUAUUAUAGAUUGUUAUUAUCAAAGUUGCAUCCCUGAAUAUGUUCAAAUAUAUGUAUGGUUUUAAUUUUAUCAUAUCUUAAAUUACCCCAAGAGUAGUCUCCUGUUGAGAACUGAGCUUCUUGCUACUCAAUCUCACAAAUCUUUUUCCUCUUCCUACUGAUUUUUUUCUAUUUGGAAUAAAAUCUUUUCAUGUGUAAAUGAUAGAAAGUGAAUAAUAAUAAUUAUUCUCUU